CCAAGAGGAUUCAGAUAUAACUGCACUCAAAAUGGCCGUUCAAGGAGCUGAUACCCAAAUCGAUGUUCAUGAUGCUUUGAGUUUUCUUAGUGAAUCUCAAGAUGAGAAAAAGUUAUUGAGUUCGUUAGAUUCAUUAACUGAUCAUUCACACAACUUGAAAGAUGGUGUGUUGAUAUCAGAGCCAGAAAAUUUCAAUAACUUGGUGGAUCUUGCAACUUCAAAAUCUAAAUACACUAAUAAUGUUCAUGAAAUGGCAUCUAGAGUUAUUGCUCAAGCCUUGAGACAUAAUCCAAAGGCUUUAUCAAAUAUCGAUGCUGGUGAAGUCUUACCAAAAUUUUUGAAUGCCUUGAAGACUGAAGAUAAUUCUGUCUUACAAAAAAGAUUUCUAGGUGUUAUUUCAAGUGUUGUGCAGACUGAUUCUAAUUCAUUAAUUUUCAAACAACUUGGUGGUCAAGAUUUACUUUUAGACUCAUUUAGUAAAUUACAAGAAGAUUCAAAAGUUAGAGCACUUGAGAUAUUAGAUGAUGUCAAAAGACAUGCGUUGGUGAAAAGAGAUGAAGAUAAUGACAAUGCCAAAAUUUUCCAGACAAUACAGCGUUCAUUAGCCAAUAAAGAAGUUCAAGAUGAUCAUGCAUUAGAGCAGAUAUUUGACAGGGCUGUUGCUUUGAAGAAAGAAAAUAAACAACUGAAAUCAGACCCAAGCUUUAUGGAGUGGUUGAGUGAGGAAGUUCAAACUAGAAAGUUGGCUAAGAGAGAUGACGAAACCAACGAUGACUUACACCAGAAAUUACUAGAAGCUAGACAUGUUGUUUUUGGUAAUCCUAACGCAUUGAGAAAAGCUAUGGCUGAUGAGCUUUAAUGGGUAUGUUUAAUAGAGAACGUUUAUAUGUAAUAUUUAAUCUACAAUUGUUUUUGGUUUGAGACUCUGU